AUGGGUUUAGAAGAUAACGCGAUUGUUAGAAAGUAUGUCAAUGUCGGGGAAAGAAAGGCUGGAUCAGCAUCUAUGGGAAUUUUCGUAGGUGCUUUCGCAGCAUUCGGUGGUGUUUUGUACGGGUACGAUACCGGUACAAUUUCUGGUAUCAUGGCUAUGGAUUAUGUCAGGGGAGAAUUUCCAGACAACAAGAAGAAUUUCACAUCAAAAGAAAGUUCGUUAAUCGUUUCUAUUUUAUCAGCUGGUACCUUUUUCGGUGCAUUAUUGGCACCACUUGUCUCUGAUACCUUAGGUAGAAGAUGGUCGUUAAUUAUUUCCACCUUCAUCAUUUUCAACUUGGGUGUUAUUUUACAAACUGCUUCAACAGGAAUUCCUUUAUUAUGUGCCGGUAGAGCCAUUGCUGGUUUUGGUGUUGGGCUUAUUUCUGCGGUUAUUCCAUUAUAUCAAUCAGAAGCCACUCCAAAGUGGAUUAGAGGUGCUGUUGUUUCUUGCUACCAAUGGGCUAUUACCAUUGGUUUAUUGUUAGCCGCAUGUGUUAAUCAAGGUACUCAUAAAAGAAAUGAUUCUGGCUCAUACAGAAUUCCUAUUGCUAUUCAACUUUUAUGGUCGUUAAUCUUGGGUACUGGUAUGAUCUUUUUACCAGACACUCCACGUUUCUGGAUUCACAAAGGUAAUGAAGAUGAAGCUAAAAAAUCAUUGAAGAUUUUAAGAAAAUUACCAAUCGAUCAUCCAGACUUACUUGAAGAAUACGAAGACAUUAAGGCUGCAUACGAUUUCGAAUGUUCUUUCGGAAAAGCUACCUGGACCGAUCUUUUCACCACAAAGAAUAGACAAUUAAAGAGAUUAUUUACCGGUGUUGCACUUCAAGCAUUCCAACAAUUGACUGGUGUUAACUUCAUCUUCUACUUUGGUACCUCUUUCUUCCAAAGUGCUGGUAUUGAAAACGAAUUUCUCAUUUCUUUAGCAACAAACAUUGUUAAUGUCGGUAUGACUGUUCCAGGUAUUCUUUUAAUUGAAUUAGUUGGUCGUCGUUCUAUGUUGUUAUGGGGUGCUGUCGGUAUGUCUGUUUCUCAAUUUAUCGUUGCCAUUGUUGGUGUUGCAACUGACAGUACUGCUGCCAACAAGGUCUUAAUUGCAUUUACUUGUUUUUUCAUUGCAUUCUUCGCUUCUACCUGGGGUCCAAUUGCUUGGGUUGUUAUUGGUGAAAUUUUCCCAUUAAGAACCAGAGCUAAGUCUGUUGCAUUAUCUGCCGCUUCCAACUGGCUUUGGAAUUGGGCUAUCGCUUACGCUACUCCAUACAUGGUAGACAGUGGAAAAGGAAAUGCUAACUUAGGAACAAAUGUUUUCUUCAUCUGGGGUGGAUGUAACUUCCUUUGUAUUAUGUUCACCUACUUCUUCAUUUACGAAACCAAAGGUUAUUCUUUGGAACAAAUUGAUGAAUUAUAUGAAAAGAUUCCACAUGCUUGGAAAUCUCGUGGUUUCAUUCCUUCUGUUCACGCCUUCAGAGAAGAUGGAGCAGAAUCGAUCAGCUCUGUUGGAAAAGAUUUGGAAAAAGUUACUGAAGUUGAAACCACCUCUGUUUAA